CUCGAGAGGAUUUAUACGGGUGCAGCAGCACGCAGUGGAUCAGAGCAUCCGUGCGUUUCUUGGUCUCAUGGACGCCGAUCCGAGUGAGUAUGCCAACUACUGGGAGAUCAAGUGUCUCCUAGACGCGGAGGAGCUCUGCAGCUUGGGAUUUGAUGAAACCUUGUCCGGGUACUGCAACUCCAGCUCGCCGGACAUGGCCGCUCAUUCGGCGCUACCGAAUACCAUCAUCAUGGAGCGGGAACGGAGGAAAAAGCUCAACAGAAAGCUGUACAAUCUCCGGAGUGUAGUCCCCAACAUGACAAAGAUGAGCAAGGCGUCGAUAAUCUUCGACGCGAUCAACUACAUACAACAGCUCCAAGAGCAAGAGAAAUCACUGCUGAAAGAGAUAUCGGAGCAGGAGCCUCACAGGAAGAGAGUUGCACCGGUCGAUGGACAGCUUUGCCGUGCACAAGCGAAGAAGUGGAGAACGGCGCCACGGAGCUCGUGCAGUGCCGAACUUGAGUUGCCGAUGAUGCCGUCCGUGGAAGCGAUGGAAGUCAGCGUGCGUGAGUUGGGCAAUGGGAUCUCUGUCAUCAUCAUCACUUGCAGCAAGAAGAGGCAUGCCAUGGUUCGCGUGUGUGAGGUCGUCGAGUCUCUCGAUCUCAGGAUCAUCGCUGCCAGUGUCGCGUCUAGAUCCGGAAUGAUCUUCCACACUCUAAUGGUCGAGGUUGAUGGAGGGCAGAGUGCUCAUCUGAAGGAAAAGAUCGAAGCCACCUUCGAGCAUUUGAUGCCUCAAGAAGCCACUGCAUCAUUUCGUGAAGCCGAUCCAAAUAUUACAAGACCGAGAACUCCAUUGUUCUACGCAUAGGAUGACAGAUCCAAGAGUUUGAGCAUGUAUGAUCAGCUGCUAUGUUUCUGUGAAUCCAAGUGUAUCGGAUCAUUGCUGAGCUAGCUAGAGAUCCUGCAAUGUAAAAGACAAGGAUGUUAAGAGGUUGUCGAAUAGGUCUCAACAUUGCAGUGCACCAAACAAUAAAAUGAAUGAUGUAGAAGCACUUGUAUUAGGAGUCUCUAGUUUUAGGAGAUGAAAUAAAGAAUGCAUUAACGUAA